ACCGCUGACAGCUAUCAUUCCUUAGGAGCUACUCAACAUUCACUUGGAGACUUUGUCUCAGCCCUUGAGUCAGACAAGCGUGCACUGGAGAUCCGGUUAAAAGCUCAGGGUGAAGACCAUUCACAAACCGCUGACAGCUAUCAUUCCUUAGGAGCUACUCAACAUUCACUUGGAGACUUUGUCUCAGCCCUUGAGUCAAACAAGCGUGCACUGGAUAUCUGGUUAAAAGCUCUGGGUGAAGACCAUUCACAAACCGCUGACAGCUAUCAUUCCUUAGGAGCUACUCAACAUUCACUUGGAGACUUUGUCUCAGCCCUUGAGUCAAACAAGCGUGCACUGGAUAUCCGGUUAAUAGCUCUGGGUGAAGACCAUUCACAAACCGCUGACAGCUAUCAUAGAGUAGGAGUUAUUCAACAUUCACUUGGAGACUUUGUCUCAGCCCUUGAAUCAAAGAAGCGUGCACUGGAUAUCCGGUUAAAAGCUCUGGGUGAAGACCAUUUACAAACUGCUGACAGCUAUCAUUCGUUAGGAGUUACUCAAUAUUCUCUUGGAGAUCUAGUCUCUGCUCUUCACUCAGCUAAACGUGCACUCGAUAUCAGAAUAAAGUUUCUUGGGGAAGAACAUUCAGAAACCGCUGACAGUCGAUUUAUGGUAAAGUAUAUAGAAAAGUCUCUGUGAAGAAACUCAUGCAGUUGCAGUUGAAUAUUUAUAUAUCCCUGUGCAGGUUUUGAGAUACGGCGGUUGUGACUUUUCCGAGGACAAUAUUUUAAUAAUUGUCUUACGAGGCAGCAUGACCAUCGUAUAUAAGUUUAAAACUGAUUGUCUUAGAAAUAGAAAGAAGAACAAAAGAUUUUUUUCGCUAUUUUCGUCGUUUCGCAUAGGUAAAUAGUACAGCGAAAUUACAAACCUAAAACAAUAGAUAUAUUAUAAAGUCGUUAUGAUAUAAAUAUUCUUUUACUAC